AUGCUUAAUUGUGAGGCUGCCACGUGUCAGAGUGGGCGAGGUUGCCCUAAUGUUGCGAUCGGUAGUCAUGGUACCGAAGGAGUCCCCCAAGUCCCCUUGCGAGAGUCUUUGGAAGGGGAUUUGAAGUCGUCCUCGGGAGGAAACACGGCCUUACCGUUCGGUAACCCCAAUGGGGGAGGGGCAAAAACCUUGUUCCUUCCGGCAUGUCCAGCUCAGAGGCUGACGUUGGUGAAGUCAGAAGGUCGCGUCGAUCUGACGGGCGAAGAGACGUCUGAGCGCUUCGACUUCCGCGCCUCGCGUGCCGUCAGUUCUCCAUUGGGUGAGCGACACGUGGCGAAAGUAAUGAUGGCGCGCGGCGCAUUAAUGCGCCGUUUGGUUUUUCGAGGGAUACCGUUGUCGAACUCCCCACUAUAA